CAACAGAGGGUCGUGUAGUGAAGCCUUGGUAAAAUUUGGGAGGCUGAGGGCGUGUUGGAAGGCAAAGUCUGGAUCGAUAAAACAGGAUAUUCCUGAUGACGCGGGGUGCACGAGGAGGCGAGGGCGACGGAGUGGGUGGUGAUGGUUGGGUGGUGAGCAUAAAGAGGAUAGAAUAAUAUCGGUGCGCGUCUCUCUGUCCCUUCGAUUCCGCCGCUUUAAUAUCGGCGGACUUAGGAUGUAAGUAAUGCCCAAGAAAAGUACGAGGCAUGUGAAAGAAUCAGGAACAACAAGACGGACUCACGGGUGUGAUCCCGUUGUGGCUCCUGAAGUCAAAGUGAAGCACUUUCGUAACGUUCAUAUUGGUGUUGCGAAUGGUAGACGCUGGCUUUCCCUUAAAAAGCGUCUAGGACUGAAAACCGACGAGGAUCUCGCCGAAUAUUUACUCAACUUAGCAGAGUCUGUCGCCAGACAAGAUGAUAAGUGCAGUAGUACUAAUGGAUGGAAGGCAAACCAGGAUGAGGAAAAUGAGUCGGAAGCGGUCACGACUGAAGAGACUGUACUAGAUGUAGAGGAACCUCUCCGGCGUAGUCCAAGGAAACAACGUGUUUCCACAACACCAGACCCUGUUGCAUCUUCCACGGAUGCAUUAGAGACUGUAGAAUCGGAUGAUGCUGAAAAUGUUGCAAAGAUACCUGUUAGACGCAGCACAAGGACCAAGCACCACAAGAAUAAAGCAAAACAUCAUAGGGAGAAACGUAAAAAGAGGAGGCAUUCGAAGAACCUAGAGGAUGCUGCUCUGACAGAGGUUAACGAGGCCGACACGGCGACUCCAUCUGGCGAUGAGACGAAAAUCUCUGACAAGGAUGAGGAUAAGAAAUCUCGUAGAAACAGUGUAGACACCAAAUCGAAAUUAUUAGUAGAACAUCUGAGGGUCUCUGCAAAAGAGGCAGAGUCCACCACGUCAAAGACUGACAAGAUAGAUACUGUAGAAUAUAUAGAGGAUAUAAAUAAGAAGGAAAGCGAUAGUACUGAGAUCGUGGAAGAUCGGAAUGCAGUCUGUGAAGAAAGAAAUAAUAGGGAAGUUCAGAAGCCUGACACAGUAAGUGAAUAUGAGGACAGUAUAAGAAGUCCCGUGGUUAAGUGCUUGAACCAGGAAGCAGUAGUAGAGACCAAAGGAAUCAAAGUAUCUGCAGAAAAUUCCAACGAUGCACAGCUACCUGAUACUCAUAGUGGUGAAAAUAAAACUUUAGACUAUUGCGAAGAAAAUGAGGAUGACGAUCGAGUCACAGGUUCUGAAAGCUUCAAAGAGGAAGUGGAAACACUAAAGGAGGCUGAUGAUCACAGGAAGAUGCGGAAGAAGCGAAAACGCUUUAAACAUGACACUAAUGAGACCACAGCUGUAAAGGAGUCACCUGAAGGAGCAACCAAUGAAUUUACGCAUAAGCAUCGCAAGAAGAAGCACAAACAUACCGGUGAACACAAGAACAAAAAGCACCAUGAUGUUCGCAAGGCACCACAGGAUGGUAUUGUUAUCCAUGAAGAAACACGUACAUCAACCCCAAUAACCAAUGAUUCAAUUCCCAUAGUGCCCGAUGUGCUACCCAACGAUCUGAGCCAGGAAGGCGUUUUAAGUGAACCACAAAGAUUCGCCAUUAAGAUAAAAUUCUGUCAAGACUGUAUGGAUACGCAUCUCCGUGACGCAUGUCCUCUCACAGUGCCACACUACACAAUUCCGGAUUCUAUAACUUAUGAAAAGUGGUUAGACAGGCACAAAGACAAUGCAGAUAUAUCAAGGGCUGCUAAUUCUGAAGAUCCUAUGUCAGAAGGAUAUGGGAGAACUUCUGAUGAUGGUUUUGAAUCCGAUGAGGAGACUCUCUCUAUGGAACAGUAUAAACCGAAGAUUAAAGUGGAGAGUGAGGAAAAACAAUUAGUUCUUGAUUCAGAUCGACCACUUUACGCACGAGAUUCUCUACCUGAUUGCUUUGAAUUGAAAACAGCAAAUUCUGAACAUGGUAUUGGCAUUUAUGCAAAGAGUGUUGUACCAAAGUUUUCAAAACUUGGACCUCUAGUGGGAAAACCAGUGAAAGAAAUGGAUAUUCCAGAUGAUUUUUCAAUGAGACAUAUAUGGGAGAUAGACAAUAAUGGCAAAACUUCAUAUCUAAGCACUACCAAUCCUUUAAGGAGUAAUUGGAUUCGAUAUAUGAGACCAGCUGAAACAAGAAAAGAAGGAAGCGUAGCAGUUGUAACAAAACAUGGCGAAUUGUAUUUAGUUACAACACAGAAAAUCUCCUGUGGAAUGGAGUUAACUUAUUGGGCUGAGUCACAGUCUUCUGCAUGGACUCGAAAGAACAAAAUAGAUAAAACAAAUUGCGGAGGAUGCAAUUUAAAUUUUAUGCAUCCUAUAUAUUAUCGCCUUCAUUGUUGUAUUUUUCAUGACACCAACUACAGCCUUACCAUUCGAAAAUACCACUGCAAGGUAUGCGGUGCAGCUGUUUUGGGUAAAGAUAACAUUAUGAAGCACGCAGCUGAGCUGCAUGCAGGUAGAGGCGCUUACCAAUGUCAGUAUUGUAAAAAAUUCUUCUUAAGACUGAAUUACCUUGAGAUGCACAGGACGUAUGGUUGCGCACAGAAUCCACAGCGAUCGAGACCGCUGUGUGAUUUUUGUGGUAGGAAAUUUUGUCAGCCGCAAAAGCUGAAAGUACACAUCAAGAGGAUGCAUAGUGAUAUGUCUGAAGUAUUACGAGAAUUUCAAUGUAAGUCGUGCUUGAAACUCCUGGGAUCACGUGCCGCUCUUCAACGACACAUGAAGGAAGUUCAUCACAAGGACGUCGUAGGUGCAGCCACUUGUGAUCGAUGUGGCAAAAUGUUUCAGAACAAAAGUAACUUGAAGAUACACAUGUUGACUCAUAGUGGAGUUAAGCCAUUCAAGUGUAAGGAGAACGGUUGCAAGGCAGCUUUUACAACGAAACAGUGCUUGCAAUUUCAUUAUAAAAAGGUGCACGGUCUCACGGAGGAAAUGAUGCCCAAGAUUGAAAGGUCCGUUGCGUAUACUUUCGAUGCGUACAGCGGAGGUCUUGUGGAAGAUGUUGGACGUGGAAAGACACCCCGGUUAAACAGGAGAAACUCCCAGGACAACAGCAAUAGCCUCCCAUCGUUGGAUGACUGCAGUUCAGAAAACAGUUUGAAAACCGAAACAUCAGUUAAUUCGAAUCAUCCAAGUAUCAUAGAAUUUCCAAAUAAUUCAAAUGCUACUAGCAAUUUUAAAGUGGAUCGCGAAAAUCAUCCAUCAUCAUCACCGCCACCAGCACCAUCAUCACAAACCAUCAUACCAGUACCAACAACAAUGGAAUCCACCCUGGAGACUGUCCGUACCGACGUGGAUCUUUAUGGGACAUCAAGGUUACAGAGUAAAGGCAGUAAAAAGUGGAUGGGUGAAUUUAAUCCGCCUGUUCCUUCGAAUAUAUCAACGAGUCAACUACAAGUUGCAGCAGCUCCAGCAGAUGUUUAUGAGUUUGAAGAGAGUAGAAAGGACGAAGAGGAGAAAUCAACGCCAACACCUGCUCAGAGUCUUAUCGACGAGAGUAAACUGGGUCUGAACGUUUAUAGGAGGACAGAAAGCUCCAAUGCAAGUUUACUCGUAGAAGCUGCCCUGGAUGCUGCAGAAAGAGAUAUAGGCGCAGUUAGUAGUCCUAUGCUCGAAGAUAAUGACCGGGAUACUAAUCUCUAUUCUAUAUCAACGCAGUUACAGUCCCCGAUGCCACAGAGAUCACCAGAAGGUCAUCUCGAUUCAUACAUACAGCAGCAAGAAGAGCUAAUAUCUCCUGCACCGACGCCCGAUAAUAGACAUUCACCACCUACCCACCUGCACAUGGACUACCAUCUUCAUCGUCCUGUAGAUUAUAUAAAUGCUGCCAGAACACAUAAUAUUGAACAAUAUUUACAUCACGAGGAUCUACCUCGAGUAUCCUCACCCAGCAGUUACAUUCAUGUCCAACAAGAGGAUCUAGUGUCUCCUGCAGCUACACCAAAUCCACGAUAUCAGGAUGUCCACCAUCACCAUCAGGUUCCUACGGAUAACCUUUCCAGCGACGAGGGUGACUCCGUGGCGCAGAAUCUCAGCUUAUCCGUCAAGGAGAAGGCCCUUCAGCUUGAUCUCUCCACGUCGUAUAAAUAUGAUUCUUUAGAAUCAGACUUCACCAGAGAACGAUCCAAUUUCGAGCCUCUAGUAUUGAACAGUGGUGAACUCCAAGGUCUUGAUAUGUCUGCAAGAGGAUUCCACCAUAGCUUUGGUGCUCAAGUGCAGAAUACAAGAUACCAUCAUCAUCAUUUGUACGAGAUUACUGAAAGACAAAGUGUUGAUCUAAGUAGAACUGGUGGGUACUCUAUGUCACCACCUCCACCACCGCCACCCUAUCCUCACAGUGAUGUUCUGAGGGUAGUCAGUUUGGAUCUCACACCUGGUGGGAGGCACAGUGUGGAUUUAAGCCUCUCCAGAUCACAUCAUUUACAUGGCACAGGUGCACGUAUGAUAGUUAGUCCUCAACCUCCAGGAUCCUCGACGCCACACGUUGUUCCCGAUACUGUCGAGGGUCGAAUAUUGUCUCCACCACCACCACCGCCGCCGCUUCCAGGAUACAAUCCGACCUAUCCCGUAAGCCCAACCCCGUAUCAUCCUCCGAGACCUGGUUAUCAUCAUUAUUCUGGGUAUUAUUAGAAACUAAAUGGCAAUUAAGUUCCAAUUAAUCGUUAUUAUUUCAAAAUCUUCUGUACAGUUGUGAGUUAAGUAAUUCGAGCAUGGGAAAGUGCUAUCAAGAUGAGGAACGGAGAAUUUUGCAGCUCUUUUAAGAAUUAAUAUUUCAUUUACUUAUUUUUUUAUAGUUUUACCGGGUAGAUGAGAAUGUAUAGAUGUCAUUUAUUGCUUGACAUAAUCUCUAUAUUGAAUAUUUCAAAUAUGUUGAUUUAAUACGUACAGUGUUUAAGUAAGCAUAUGCAAGCUCUCUAUCAUUCUUGUGCACAUGCGAAACUUAAUCAAAGUCUUUGUCAAGAGCAUCUUGUUUUACUUGCACAAAAUAAUUUAAAUUUAUAUAAAAUUUUAUUUAAAUCCUAGCUUUUAUUUCACAGUAUACUUAACAGCAUCGUGCAAACUAGAAGUUCAAUUUCACCUGUGUCAAGUGACACCGAUAAUAUUAUGUGCACAAGUUUUUAAUCCUACUCGAUUAGGACACAGUGUCCUUCACUGUGAAUGGUUUGAAACGAGUGCUAAUUAGUAGGAAGAUUAUCAGUCUAAUACAAUCCAUUCAUACCAAGUACAAUUCUCACUCUUCCAGACUUUAAAUAUCUUUUAAAUUAUGAUAUACAUUAAUUGAUUAAGUUUACACUUAGCAGUUAUUAACUUCUCCUUGGAGCUCUUUUAAGAAUACAUUUGUUACGUUAAUUCACGUUUUAUGUAAAGACACAGUAACCCACUGUACUCGUAUUAGAUACGACAAACAGAUAUUUAAAAGUAUGGAUUAAAAACAGUCAUAAUCCAAUGGCCACGACCGUGAUAAUCCCUUAGAAAAAAAGUUGUUACUUAGCUUUCUAGCCUAUAUUCUUCUAUUUCGGAUAUGUGAUUUGGAUGAUACCCUAAAACAAAAAAAAACCAUAGCUGAUAUUCCACGUAACGUGACAACAGCCCGAAUUUCCUGUAUUACACAAUUAUAAAAAUCCCGGAUAGCAAAGUGUAUUACGAUAUGAGAAAUCAAGACAGCGUAGAAAGUAUUGAUGGAAAAGAAGAGAAACAAUGUAAUAAAUAUUUCUGGCAGAAAAUCGAAAUUAGUUAAACGUACAGGGAGUGAGAGCUGUUCUGUGAUUAUACAUAUAUAAUUGCAUUAGCGAGUGACUAAAUAUAUAAUUACAAUUUGAAAAAGACUAAAAGAAAUUCACGCGACAAACAAGAGAACGAUGUUUUAUUUACUGUCUUUCGAUUUGAACAUGUAGCUACAAAAGGUCUCUCGCUACUUUUUAUGAGUAAACAGGAUAAUUUAAGCCUGUACGUAAAGAUUUGUUUAAACUUUUAAUUGUGAACACAGAAAAACACUACAAUUAUUUGUAUUAUUUUAAUUUAAUGAAUAUUGCUACCCGGGAUCCUGUAGAUUAUGAGAUAAUUCCAAAUCGGGAUGCCUAACGGUAGUUUAUAAGAGUAAAUAUAUUAUGCAUGAUGACCUAUAAACGGGUCACAAUGUUCAUUUACAAUUCUAGUCAUUAUGAGAAUACAUAGUUUCUUCAAUGAAUGUAGCAAUUACAUUUAGCUAUUUAAUACAUUUUUCUUAAGUCAUACAGUGAACUUUGCGAAUGAACUUUUGAUGCCAAGUAUUAAAUUGUAAAUACAGCUUUUAACAAAUUCAUUAAAGCUGCGAAUGGCUAAUUCAAGUAUAAUUGUUAUUGGACAUCGAUUAAGAGAAUUUAAUCGCACAAUUAUUUUAAUUGUGAAUUUAUUAAUACGAGCAUGUAAUUGUUACUCAUUUGCAAAGUCUGCUGACAUUUUAAGUAUAGCUUCCUAGUUCUCAUCGGACUUAUACCCAUCCGCCAUCUAUUGAAACCAAAGAUCUAAAAUAAUUGUAACAUUUGUGCCAAAUUGCGAGGCGCUCGUUGUUAUGUAUACAAUUUUUAAUUGUUAUAAGGAGCUUAUUCUGAUAAUUAAGUUUUUUAAUUUUUUUUGCGUGUGUGACGCAUCUUCAGACUUCACUUAUUAUCGAAUUCUAGAUUUAUUAUUAUAUUUAUUUGAAUUUCAUAUUAAUUUUUGCUUUUAUACAGUUCUAUUAAUUUAUUUCUUAAGUUUGGGUUAUCGAAGUGCAUUCUUAACAUUACUUGUACUUUUUAUAGUUUUUUUUAAGAAAGUUCUUUCGAGACAAUUUUCGGAAUGUUGGAAGAUCCUUCUUGUUUUGAACGAAUUUUUAUUUUAUUCAUUACUAUCAUGGACAUAAUUCUGUUCAUCCAUUUCAGCGUGAUAUUAUCUGUUUUUAUUUAUUUAGGCAUAAAUGUUGAACGUGAACCUCGUUUAAAUAAUUAUAUUCUGUAUAUUGUGCAUAUUUGACGCUAGAUUUAACGAUAAUUAAAAAAAAAAGAUAAGAAAAGUGAAAAGUAUACUUGAAGAUUUAUGAUAUUCUGAAGAUGAUGAAGAAGAAAAAUAAAAAUUAAACAAAAACUCAAAGGAAUAAUAUUUGUGAGUACAAAACGCGGCACAGGAUAUAUUUAUAUCAGGUUUAUUAAUUGUAAGUGAUACCGAUAGAAUGCAAACAGUGAUUAAAAAGACCAAAAUAAUAUUCUCUCCCAAAA